AUGGUAAAGCCCAGAGAGAGCAAAGGAGUGGUAGUGCUAACCAAGGCAAAGGAUAAGUCCUUCGACGAACUACUGGGUGAGUUACGCACAGACCUUUGCGGCAGGAGCGACGUUGUUGUUAAACGUCUUAGGCAGACCAGAGAUCAGGGCAUUGUAUUGGAACUAGGAGGAGGUAGAGAGAUGGCGGAAACGGUGAAGGGCAUCGUCUCAGCUAGGCAGGGCACGGUCACAAGAGCCGUGGCGAAAGGUGGUACAGUCAGGCGUGAGCUCUUUGUAAAUGGAGCAGAUGGUCUAACCAAAGAAACUGACAUUGUCAGCGCAAUUGAGACUUUUGCGGGACGGAACGGAACGUGUCAGGUCAGGGGACCCCUUCGUAAGGCAUAUGGCGGAGACCUCAACGCCACAGUUGAGGUCGAUGAAGACAUUGCAGCGCGCCUUAUACGGAUAGGCUUUAUUAGGGUGGGAUAUAUAUCCUGCACAAUUAAGGAGAAAAUCCGUAUCGCCCGGUGCUACAAGUGCAUGGAGUACGGACAUCGCAGGUCUGAGUGUAAAAAUGAGGUCUUGAAGGGAUGCAUCCGGUGUGGAGAAGAGGGACACACCGUGAACGAUUGCCCAGAAGAAGGGCACAAAUGUAUUAAUUGCAAAGUCACGGGACAUCGGGGCAACUCAAUGGAAUGUCCGAAAUUCCGACAACUGGUCAACACGGCCAGGGAGGAAACGGAAAGGAGAGUGCAGUCUUAG